AUGAGCUAUGCUUCUUCUCGUGAUAACAAUCCAAUGGCUGGUAAUGUUCCCUACUAUGGUAAGUUGGUGGAUAUUAUUCAACUUAAGUAUUACGACAAGUUCAGAGUAGUUUUGUUCAAGUGCACAUGGGCAGAUACACGUGAUAGUCGUGGAUACAGAAGAGAUGGUCUUGGUAAUAAUUUGGUGAAUUUUUCACGUAUUAUACAUAGUGGUGAAAGUGAGGAAGAUGAACCAUUCAUAUUAGCCUCUCAAGCAAGAAUGGUAUACUAUGUUGAAGAUCCAAGUGAGUAUGGCUGGAAUGUAGGAGUUCAUGUUCAACCUAGAGAUUUAUACGAUAUGGGAGAUUGUGGUUUGUCACCUGAAGAAGAAUUAGUUGAUGAAAUGUGA